AAGGUGCAUAUAUUGCUUGUGAUCACAAGUAUUGAAUGACGUUGUUUUACUUGUCAUCGACAGCUAAAUUAGAUAUUGAAGAAGGGAAAAAAAUAUUUUUUUUUGUUAAUAGAUUCAUUAUCGUCAAUUGUAAUUUAUGUGUAAACAUAAGUCAUAAGUCAAAUUGCAAAUAAAAACGAAAAAUUGUUUCAUUAAAUACGCAACAAGGGCAGAGAAGAAUCAUACAAAAUGCUGUUAAAUAAAUGGAAAAUAGUUGAAAAUCAUAAAUUAGUAUUAAAUAUUUAUUUCAUAGUGUUAUGUUAUUUCACUAGCUUUAUAAAAUGUGAAACUCUUGUGGAAGAAUACGAAACGAAUAGUGGUUUAUAUUCGAUUGAAGGCAAAGUAUAUGCACCGGAAAUUUAUUCAAUCAACGAUUUUAAUUGGCAACGUGAUACAGUUAUUACGAUAAACAAUGGCGAAUAUUCGGGUUUUCUCAAAGAAGAUGGCACAUUUGCCCUGAAUGGCAUUCCAUCGGGUAGCUAUGUGGUCGAAGUAUCAAAUCCAGACUAUUAUUAUGAAUCGGUUCGAGUUGAAAUCAAUCCGAAGGGCAAGUUCCGAGCACGCAAACUGAAUUACGUUCAACCAUCGCAGGUCGUACAAGUUCCAUAUCCAUUAAAAUUGAAAGCUCUCACUCGAUUCAAGUACUUCCAAACACGCGAACAAUGGAAGAUUACCGAUUUCUUGUUUAGCCCAAUGAUUCUGAUGAUGGUGUUGCCAUUAAUUCUCAUGGUCAUUUUGCCACGCAUGAUGAACGAUCCAGAGACGAAAAAAGAAAUGGAAAACAUGAAUUUGAACAAAAUUUCAAGUGAAAUGCCCGAAAUUAGCGAAAUGAUUACAUCAUUUUUCACUGGCGGUGCAAAACCGAUAAAAAAAGAUGAUAAAUCAAAAUCCAGUUCAUCGAAACUGUCAAAGAAACAACGUAAUUAAUUACCACCACGAUACAAUACAUCUUUUUGUUUGCGAUUCAUAAUUUUUUUUCUUCGUUUGUUUGUUUAAUAGACUAGCUCUUCAACACGCCAUUGAACUUAAGAAAUAUCCCAAAUGUUAAAUCGUGUUUUAUUAGUUUAAAAAAAUUUAAAAUUAGAAUGAAAACCAAACAAACAAACUAGUACCAGCUCGAACACAACCGAGAUACUUCAAAAUAAUCCGCUUCUAUGAUAAAAAAAUUCCCAAUAGAUAUAAUAGCGAGACGCAUUCAAAUUAACUGACAGCGAUACAUGGUUAAUUUUCAAAAUUAUGCGUUCUUUCCUAGCAGUGCUAUUUUCCUAGCAGCUCCUAGGCGAUAUUUGUGCAAAACGCAUAUGAACAGCGACUUUAUGAUACAAUUCUGAACAAAAUGUUUCGAAUGCAGAACAAUAGACUUAGUGAUUUUCGUAUUUUGUUUAUAUAAACAAAUCAAUAGGUCUUCAAAAUUCCAAACAUUUCGUCCGGAAUUGUCGGAAAUCAUAAAGUCCUUUUCCUUGUCCGUUGUUCACAAAUUUCACCUAUGAAUUGGACCCGCGAAAAUGGCACUGUUAUAGCCUGUAACCACAAUCUAUUCAUUGAUUCUUUCCGACAAGUCUCUGGCAAAAAUAGCUGAAAACAAAAUUAAAUUUUCCGUAAAUUUGCUUUCGUCAUAAAAUUUCGAAAAAACAACAAUGUCCCGAAAACCGGGAUUCCUUGAUUAGUUGUAAAUUUUGAUCACACAGUUUAGUUUAUCAUAAUUUUUCUUCUCCCCUAAUUUAAAAAUGGUUAAAGCGAGUUCGUUUGUAGUACUUUGUAAAAAAAAA